CUGUCAUGAAGUCACCAGAGAUCCCCCUUUUUAUAUAAGAAAAAUCUAAUUAACACGUCGGACAAAAUUAGCUCCGCACUUGGCCGUCAAGAAAUAAUUGACGAGGAAACAAAGAAUCUCACAUGACUCGUUCUUUAACCUUUCCACAAAUAUAUAUGAACUAAUAAAAGCGAACAAUCUUUUCACCUUCUCCUUUUGAAUUCUCUCUGUUUCUUUCUUAUGGAAGAAGAAAAAUAUCAGACGCAGUCCAAAUGGCAAGGCAAAGCCUCCGCCGAGCUAAAACGCAUGUCGCCGGAACGAGCCUGGCCGGCCCUGGCCAAUUUCUGCAACCUACACAAGUGGUUCCCCACGGUUUCCGCGUGUCGCCAAGUGGAGGGCGUCCCUGGCCAGCCGGAUCUGUUCCGGUACUGCGCAAGUGCACCUGUUGAUUAUGAUGAGUCCACCAUCAAGUGGUCUGAAGAGAAGUUGUUGACCAUUGAUCCGAUCCAACGGCGCUUGAGCUACGAGGUCACGGAGAGCAAUCUCGGGUUUAAGUCGUACGUUGCAACAAAGCAAUUAGUUGCGAUGGACAGCGGAGAUGGGUGCAGGAUCGAGUGGUCGUUUGUUAGCGAUCCGAUCGAAGGGUGGGGACUGGAUGAUUUUCUUUCCUACCUUGAUUCUUCUGUUCAAUUGAUAGGAAAGACGAUCAUGGAGCAUCCUUCUCUAUCUGCUACUACUACUUGAUAUGUACUCAACCCUUCAACUUUAGUAUUUGUGUUUGAGAAUUGUUAUUAACACUCCAAAAAUCUCAUUCUAUACUCCACACAAGUGUAUUUUUCAUUUUAAUUGUAAGAAGUUUGGAGUGCUAAUAACAAUUCCCUUUGUUUUAUGUAAUUUGUAAUGACUUUUCUUUGUAUUCAACUGUGCUUUGACGUGGUCUCAUUUGAUGGCCAUGACUUGGUAUGUCCUCAUAGU